AUGGCUCGCAAGAAGCGUACGAUGCCCGCCGCCGAGGUGUACGAGAAAUCGGACAGUUUCGGACAGCUACCAUCAGCACCACCAAUAUCACCACAUCGAAUGGACCAUAUCUAUCCAGACAGUUACGGAUCACCACCACCACUUCAUCAAGCUUACCAUGUUCAGCCAGCACGUGCCAACUAUGUACCCGAUCAGAUUGCACGUUUCAACGUUAUUAAGCCGGAUCGGCUGGCGAAAAGACAUAAUCCACAGUUGUAUACUAAAAGAGGAUGUACGGAUGUCUUCUGCUGCUUCCUGUUCUUCGUUUUCCUCUGCGGAUGGGUUGUCGUUGCCAGCUUGGGUAUCAUGUGGGGAGAUCCGCAACGACUCAUCUAUCCAACCGACUCGGAAUUCAGACGAUGUGGUGUCGAUCAAGGAGGAUACUAUAACUUCAGGUACCUUCAGUUUUUUCAAAUUUUCACCAACAAAGACAUUUUCAGCAAGCGGCCAUAUCUGUUCUACUUCGAUCUCACCAAAUGUAUCUCAUAUGCGACGGCUCUCGGAGGAUGCCAAACGACUCAAAUUUGUGUGGAAGAGUGUCCGUCACAGUACUUUUCCUACCUCCAACUUCGAACAGCAUCUGCCGCAGAGAUUCAAAAUAAGAUGAAAAAUGUAGUUUAUUGCACUGACGAUGUUGAUAAGUCUACGGUCACCACUUUCGUUGCUCUCCAAAGUCUUGUACAGCGAGGAAAGUGUGUGUCCUAUACGGUCAAGUCUGUGCCUGUACUCCAACGAUGUUUCCCCGAGGCGAUUUUCAACGCCGUCGAUAAUGUAAACACUGUUCUCAAUAGUUCCAACUCGUUGGAUUACCUCAAGAGGACUUUUGGAGACGACGCAUUGAUCCCUCAAGACAUUCAAAUCACUGGCCAGAGCUCAGAAGUGAUGAAAUCAGUGGUCGAGGACCAACCUGUAACCCAUAAAGUGAUCCAUGACUUGUCUCAAACUUGGUGGCAAACCCUCAUUCUCAUCUUCGCAGCGGGAAUGCUGUCCUUCAUUUGGACAGUAAUCAUGAGACUUCUCGGGUCUCUUCUCAUAUGGCUCUCUAUCUUUCUUGUCCUUGGAGCACUUGGAUUUGGAGCUGGCUUCAGUUGGAUAAAGUGGAAUAAUUUGAAGGCAACUGGAGCAAUUGACGACUACUCAUUCCAUCCAGCAUUCGAUGCUUAUUUCGAGAUGCCAACAACAUGGUUCGUUGUUGCUAUCGCCACAUCCGUCUUGCUUGUCAUUUUCUUAUUGGUCAUUUUGUUCAUACGUCAGAGGAUCAGCAUUGCGUGUGCAUUGAUUUCAGAGUCCAGCAAAGCAAUCGGAAGCAUGAUGUCUACACUGGUCUUCCCUCUCUUCCCGUUCCUUUUACAUAUUGGAGUAUUUGCCUUAUGGGGAUCAAUUGCUAUCUGGUUAGCUUCUUCUGGACAAGAAAUCUGUCGCAUGAAAGAGACAAACGGACAAGUCUACAACACCUCUACCAAAUGUGACUGCAAUGCAAAGCUUGCCGGAUGCACCUAUGUUGGAAUCGAGAAGGAGAGCGAUACAAUCUUCUGGCUCCAAGUCUACAAUCUAUUCGCCUUCUUCUGGCUCUCUUGCUUCGUUACUGCUCUUGGAGACAUCGCUUUAGCAGGAGCGUUUGCAUCGUACUACUGGGCUCGCGAUAAACGUCAUGACGUGCCAACGUUCCCGGUGAUACGUGCUCUGAAUCGUGCCAUGAGAUACAAUCUUGGAUCCAUCGCGUUUGGUUCCCUCAUCAUUGCAAUUGUCAAAAUUAUUCGUGUGAUGCUGGAAUAUAUCGAUCACAAGCUUGGCAAGUCGGAGAACAAGGCCGUCAAGUGGUUCCUAAUGUGUCUCAAAUGCUGCUUCUGGUGUCUUGAAAUGUUCUUCAAGUUCCUGACCAAGAACGCGUAUAUUAUGAUUGCGAUUUAUGGAAAGAACUUCUUCUCGUCGGCAAAAGACUCAUUCCUGCUCAUCACUCGUAAUAUAGUCAGAACUGUGGUCGUCCACAAAGUGGCUGGAAUUCUUCUGUUCCUUGGAAAAGCGAUGAUCACUCUUGGAAUGGGCAUCCUCAGUUUCUACUACUUCUCUGGACGUUGGGUUGUCGAAGGAGUGCCAAAAGUCGAUCUCUACUACUACUUUGUGCCAAUCGUCAUUGUUGUCAUUGGAAGUUACUUCAUGGCCGACUUGUUCUUUGAUGUCUACGAAAUGGCCGUCGAUACUACUUUCAUUUGUUUCCUGGAGGACAGUGAACAAAAUGACGGAAGCCUUGAACGCCCUUACUUCAUGUCGCAGAAGCUACUGGAGAUUCUUGGCACCAAAAACGAAAUUCCUCUCCACACAAAAUGA